AUAAUACGCGCUCAAUACUUCACAUUAGAGCAAAAUUUUCUUGUUUAUUAAUGAAAUAUAAUGCCCAGUUCAUCGUGAAUAGCAUACAAUAGUGACAUUCAAAACUAAACGACACUAGAUAUUACUCAAAGAUGACUAUUACUAGAUUUAUUGGUCGUGAGAGUCAUUUUCGUGGAAAAACAUUGUAUGAAAUUGCGAGCAACUUGAAAAACUUUGGCGAGGGAAGAGUUGUGACAAGAUUAGCAUUUCACAAUCGUUACCCAGAGAAAAGUUUUUAUAGAUUAACAAAAGUAGUACCUAAUUUUACAGAUACGGAUUUAAGAAAAGGCAAAGCAUGGGGAGAAAAGGUAUUCCGAGGUGAUAAUUGUGGUGUAAGAGAAAUUAACAGUGGAUCAAAAAUGGAUUGGAAAUUAAUAGAAAGAGAGGAUGAAGAAGAAUUUUGUAAACUAACAGAAAAAGAUAAGCGUUCACCCACAAUAGUACCAAAAUAUGCAGACUAUCCACCUUUACUAGGGGAAUGGUUGCAAAUGGAUUAUAGACGAACUGGGCUACCCUUACCUAAACCUUUUAAAUUAAAACUCAAGAUAGAAAAAUCAUUUACAAACAAAGCUGUACAAGAAUAAAGUAUUUAGUGGCACAUUUUAAGAAAAUUCCAAUGAUACCAAUGUUUAUUGAAACUAAUAAAGAGACGAGAACAACAGCUGGAAGUGUAUAAAUGUGUCACUUACUAUUGCCUAUAGAAUUGUGUUUAGGUCCUGUCCAUCCACUAUUUACUCUACAUUUAUUUGUGGAUUAAUGAUGAAUGUAAAUGUAAACUCUAAAAAUAAUAUUUAGAGAUGAUAGAAUAAAAUUUUUGUUUAAUGAC